AUUGUGUGAAGUUUUGCAUAUGCUUUCGUCAAACAGGUUGCUGAAAUGUCAGCAUCAUGUGCAAAAGUUUAUUGUAACAAACUACUCCAGAAGAAGCAACUCUAAACAUGCAGAUUGUUUCAAAGUGGUUGGCAAAUCGCAUCCUCCGAAGAAUGACAAACAAGUGAACAAUCUUCGUCUAAAAGAUCAUCCAAAUUGGGAAUUACUAGCACCUCAAGGUUACCACUUUUACCUACCUGGAAGUGUAGGACCAGCAUGGCAUGAUGCUUCUACUUGUGUCAACGUUUACCCACAGAAUUUCGAUUUUGUCGAUAAUAGUGAAUUAGAAUGCACAGUUCAAGAAUGUCCUCUUCUACUACGGAAAGGAACCCAUGAGUUAUUUCCGGGGAUAGAUCUUAGUGUCUCAAAUUUGACUGUUGUCACAUUAUCCCAAAAACGCUCAAAAACAAGACUGAAUGAAGCUGACACUGAGAAAUUAACAAAAUAUUUUGUAUUAACUGCAAAAGAGAUCUGUAGUAAGCUGAAAAAAGCUGGAUAUUGGGCAGAUUUUAUCAACCCCUUCUCUGGAUUACCAUACAAUGGACAAAAUACUCGUCAUAAUUUGUACAAAACAGAUGAAAGAUUCAGAUGCCUUGGUUUCAAAAUAUCUGAACGUCAAAACUGUCGAUUGAUUGAGGAUAAAACUAAUAGAAGUUUUUUUGGCAAUCUGUUCACAACAGCUCCUGCAAAUACAGAACAUCUGAAAGCAAUCUUGCUCCGCCUAGGCAAAAACUAGCUAAAAUUUUAGAUCUUGAAUCAAGAAUUUUGUUUUUGUUAUCUAUUAAUUUCUUCUAAGUAGUGAUAAUCCCCCUCAUUUUUACAUCUAUAUUCACUACGCAACUAUACACACAAUUCAAGAAGAUCCACCCUCUUGAAUAUUUUAUCACUGAAUGGUGAGUUUUUUUUCUUCCUUUUUUUUUUUUUUGUUCACUUAAGUUAUAGCAUUUGACAUGUAGCAAGAAUUGUUUUCUUCAUUUUGCUAUAUUUUUUAAUAGUUUUCAACUUUCUUUUCUUUGAGGUCCUUUUUCCUCCCUAUCUCUUCUCUUAAUUACUCUUUAAGAAUGCAGGCGUCAAAAUAUAACUUCUCCCUCUGUUAUCUCGUUUAUGUAGGUAUCAAUAACCAUAAUUUCUCUAGGGCUGAACUAACCAGUCGGAAUGGAGGGCUGGUUCAGUUUUGGUUAAAUUUUAAAAUUUCUUAGAUUACAUGGAAUUUUAUUUUCUCUCCUAUCCAGCCAUUAGAAAAUUCAGGCAACCAUCAUCAUUAAUAUCAAUAGCAAAGAAUUCUUACUAACAAUAAAAUGAGCUUCUCUUCAUAUCAGGCUUCUAAUCUAUUAUCAUAGAGCUCACAAGUUAUAUUUUUUCCCUCUCUCGUGUUUCUGUUUUAGUCUCCAUUCUAUGGCUGUCAUUUCUAAACGGAUUAGAAAAUUUUUGUAAGUUAUUGCGUUUGUAAAUAUAAUGUAUAUUUCAAAUAAAUAAAUUCCAACUAAA